CAGGCCCAGGGAGCAGGGACUGACUUCCUCUUGUCCCAGAGUGAGCAUGUCUGCCCUUUGCAAGCAGGUUUGGGUCUCUCACACAGAGGAAACCAAAAGUAGCAAGAGGGAGGGAAGGCAGAGCGACCAAUCAAGGGCAGGGUGAGGCUCAAAACCGGCGGGCUCCCUCCCUGGGGAGCCAGACCAAGGCUGGGGGUGAUGGCGGAGCUGCAGCAGCUGCAGGAGUUUGAGAUCCCCAUGGGUCGGGAGGCUCUGCGGGGCAACCACAGCUCCCUGCUGCGGGUCGCAGACUACUGCGAGGACAACUACAUGCAGGCCACAGACAAGCGGAAGGCGCUGGAGGAGACCAUGGCCUUCACCACCCAGGCACUGGCCAGCGUGGCCUACCAGGUGGGCAACCUGGCCGGGCAUACUCUGCGCAUGCUGGACCUGCAGGGGGCCGCCCUGCGGCAGGUGGAAGCCCGUGUAAGCAUGCUGGACCAGAUGGUGAACAUGCACAUGGAGAAGGUGGCCCGAAGGGAGAUCGGCACCUUAGCCACUGUCCAGCGGCUGCUCCCCAGCCAGAAGGUCAUCGCCCCCAAGAGCCUGCCCCCCCUCACCCCAUACUACAGGAGACCCCUCAAUUUUGGCUGCCUGGAUGAUGUUGGCCAUGGGAUCAAGGACGUGAGCACGCAGCUGUCACGGACCGGGACCCUGUCUCGAAAGAGCAUCAAGGCGCCUGCCACACCCUCCACCGCCACCCUGGGGAGACCACCCCGGAUCCCGGAGCCGGUGCAUCUCCCCGUGGUGCCCGACGGCAAACUCUCCGCCGCCUCAUCCGCCUCUUCCCUGGCCUCGGCCGGCAGCGCCGAAGGUGUCGGCGGGGUCGCCGCGCCCAAGGGGCAGGCAGCACCCCCGCCCCCACCUCUCCCCAGCUCCACGGCCCCACCUCCUCCACCAGUGGCCGCCGAGGUCUUCCAGCUGCCGCCUCCACCGGCGGAUCUGUCCCCGCCCCCGCAGGCUGCAGAGCUGCCCCCGCCCCUGGACCUGCCUCCUCCUCCGCCCCUGGACCUGCCCCCUCCUCCGCCCCUGGAUGUGGAUGAAUUGGGGCUGCCGCCUCCGCCCCCGCCAGGCUUUGGGCCGGAAGAGCCCAGCUGGGUCCCCGCUGCAUACUUGGAGAAAGUGGUGACACUGUACCCAUACACCCGCCAGAAAGACAACGAGCUCUCCUUCUCUGAGGGCACCGUCAUCUGCGUCACCCGCCGCUAUUCCGACGGCUGGUGCGAGGGCGUCAGCUCGGAUGGGACUGGAUUCUUCCCUGGGAACUAUGCGGAGCCCAGCUACUGACAUCCUGGGGCUCUCCGGGUGGCCCACCCAGGCCGUACCCUGAGCGGGCCUCUUGAGCCCCAGGUCAAAGCCAGCUCCACACUCACAGCGGGAAUAGGUCUGCCCACCUCUUGGGCUGUGAGCUGUGUUCUGUCCCUUCCCGCUACUGUGGUGAGAAGGGGCCUUGGGAAGAGAGAAGAGGUACCCAGAGGCCUGCUGCAGCAGAUGGGAAAGAACUGGAGGACAACAGGGAGUUGGUCCACAGAGGACUCCUACUCCACACAGGGCGGGGUCUCCACCUGUAAAUGCCCACCUUGAAUAAAACUCUUAUGACCUCC